CGCGUAGAUUUUGAGGAAAUGGCAUAGUAGUUCGGUUACAGACAAUGAAACUGCCCCUAGUUUUGGUCUGCUUGUAUUCACUUCCAACAGAACAAACCACUGGUUUAGUUUGUGAUUAAUUAAUUCUCACAACUCAAAACCACUCAACUAACCCUCAUAUAUAUAAUAUAUGAAUUCAUAAACACUAACACAUCAUUACACGUUAAAACAACUUGAGAAUUCAGAUUUCAACAACAUGAGUGCAGCUGCAACAAAAGCUUGGGUAGUAGCAUCAAGCAUAGGAGCUGUGGAGGCAUUAAAAGACCAACUUGGUGUAUGCAGGUGGAACUAUGCUUUUAGAUCACUUCAUCAACAUGCUAAGAACAAUAUCAGAUCAUAUACUCAGGCUAAGAAAUUGUCAUCUUCUUCUUCUGCUGCUGUUUCCAACAAGGUGAAAAGAACUAAGGAAGAAUCCAUGAAGAAAGUCAUGGACUUGAAUUGCUGGGGUCCUACCACUGCAAGAUCAUCGUGAAUUUCCCAACCAACAACAGUAACUUUCAAAUCAACUUGAUUGGUCGUUCAUCGUGAGAAUAAUCCAGCAAUCGAAGAUGUCACGAUAGUCCUUGUUUCCAGUCCUCGAGACUCACCUCCUUCUAUCGGAGGGGCGAUUUGGGUUUAAUGGCAUCUCCAUAUGUUUCAUUUCAUCUCUCAAAAUUUUGCUUCCUCCUCUGGUCAGUCGAGGAACAUUCAAGGUUCUGUCGUCAUUCCAUCUUUUUCAGCAACUACUCCAAGUUCUAAACAAAUUCAACUGCAAACUCAAGCGCUUGAGCCAAAAAUGUUCUAAAGUUUCCAACAAAUUCAAGCCACACUUGGGAUCAGAGAGCGAACAAAAUCAUAACAAACAUCUACAAACUAGUGCAACAGAAGAAUAUGCACCUUCAAAAUAAGAGACUCUUACAUAUAUAUGAAAAUCAACAAAAGGAUUCAGCAUGAGCCGCUACAUAACAGGAGGUAUUGUAACACAGAAACCUUCGAGCUACGCCUAAUUUGGUUCUCAGCGAUGCCACAUCACAUUACAUUAAGGCCUGCAGAUUUCCAAACAUUGUCCGCCUAGGGUCAAUAACUUUCCCCAUAUUGGUUCAGAAGGUCGAGACGGUAACUACUGUGAAGACAAGUUUCCUACAAGAUUUUGAUGAAAAUAACAUAUCAAGCUCUCCAUAACAAAAGAAUGGAAAAAGAAGAUCAUUCAACAUUGCUCAAGUUUUUCGUGGAUCUAAUAAAGGUAUAUGGAAUUUUUGAUAAUAUACUCCUAGUGUUCAAAAUUUUUAUCAUACAUUAAAAUGAUCAUUCUAAAUCUUUUAUAUCAUGAUUAUUUAUUUUAAUAUAAUGUUUAAAAAUUGCAUGUUUAAAAGUUUUUUUAACUUAGAAUUUUUUUUAAUAUUUUGGUCAUGUCAAUCGAUUGAUGCCUUGCUACAAUCGAUUGAUCAAACUUUCUAUUUUAGAUUUUUUUCGUUUUUAAAGCAGGACCAAUCGAUUGAUGUUGUAUGUCAAUCGAUUGAUCUUAGUGUAUUUUUUCAAUUUUUUAGUUAUGUCAAUCAAUUGGUUAUGUGUGUCAAUCGAUUGAUGCUGAAAAUAUUUUGAAAACUCUGAAAAAUUAUUUCACCAUUCUUUGCACCAUUUCAUCAUAACUUUUUAUGGUAAAAGCUUGCAUCUGUUCAUGAUCAAUUAUCUAUUUUCCAUUCUAACCAUUGUCAUGUUAUGAUUGAAGAGAUGCAUUCAUACUAUAAAUAAUCCAUAUAUUUUCAUUAAAAAACUCACCUCUUUCAAAUCAAUUUGUAAAAUCUCUAUACAUUCAUUUUCAUUAUUUCUCAUAUUAAGAUACUUUUGAAAAAUAAUUUUCAUAUCAUUUUCUUCAAAAGUACUCUUGAGCACUUAUAUACUAUUUUGUUUUGAAAUUUCAUAUUGAAAGAGAAGAAGAUUCUAAUCAAUUGAUUAAAGUCUUAUCAAAUACAAUUAUUCAUAUAUUCAUUUAAUUACUUUGUAAAAUCCUAAGUACCAAGGAUUGUUUGGUUUUAGGUGUUUGCUUAUGAUCCAGGAUUGUUGGAUAUAAGUGUUAAGAAAAGGAAGGAUUGUUUUCUUUUCUUGUGAGUUAAGUUUUCAAGAGGAUUUUUCUUGAUUACUUAGUUAGAGGCUUGAUUUAGGAGAUCUAACAAUAAUAAAAUCUCUUACACAUUAUAAGGAGAUUGUAGUACUCUCAAGUUGUGAGGGGAACCAGUAUAA